AUGCAACCUUUAUUGGUACUUGCCACACUGCUCGGCUCAGCCUUGGCUGGCACAAUCCCAUUGCAGAGUGCCAACUACCAUGGAUACAAGGUCGUGCGCCUCUCUGGAGAGGACACCAGCAAGAUCUCUCAUAUUGUCUCCCAGUUGGGAUUGGAGACUUGGAAAUUCCCCAAGUCUGCCAACGCCAAUGUCGACAUCGUCGUUCCCCCAAAGAAGAUUGCCGAGUUUGAGAAGAUGUCUCAUGCAGCCGGCCUCAAAAAGCAAAUUAUGCAUGAGGACCUAGGAAGAUCUAUUGCAUCCGAGAUGUCCUUCCGCCCUUACUCCUACGGUGGUGCAAAUGACACCUGGUUCCAAUCGUAUCACAAAUAUGAGGAUCACUUGAAGUUCAUGAAAGACUUCCAGUCUGCUCAUGCCGAAAACACCGAGAUUGUUACCUCUGGAAAGUCUCAUGAAGGCCGUGAUAUUACCGGUGUUCAUGUUUGGGGUAGCGGCGGAAAAGGGUCUAAGCCAGCCGUUGUUUUCCAUGGAACCGUCCAUGCUCGUGAAUGGAUCACCACUAUGACCGUCGAGUAUAUUCUCAACCAACUCUUGGAGGACAAAGAAGCCGGAGCUGCUCUCCUUGAUAAAUACGACUUCUACAUCUUCCCAAUCACAAACCCUGACGGCUUUGUUUUCUCCACUGAUCAUGACCGUAUGUGGCGCAAGAACCGUGAGCAGAAUGAGAAAGGCUGCUAUGGAACUGAUCUGAACCGUAACUGGCCUUAUGAAUGGGAUGGCGACGGUUCCACCACCGACCCAUGCUCUGAGACCUACCGGGGACCAUCUCCCGGAUCCGCCCCUGAGACCAAGGCUAGCACCAGCUUCAUCAAGGGCCUUGCCGACGGAGCGGGUGUCAAGAUGUUCGUUGACUGGCACUCGUACUCCCAGCUCUUCAUGACCCCCUACGGAUACAGCUGCUCUGCGCGCGCACCAAACGACGAUGUCCUCCAGGAGAUGGCAAGCUCCUUUGCUGAUGCCGUCAAGGCUGUUCACGGAACCAGCUUUACUACUGGCCCUAUUUGCAGCACCAUCUACCAAGCCAACGGUAACUCCGUCGACUGGGUCGUUGAUGAGAUCAAGGGCGAAACUGCCUUCGCUGCUGAGCUCCGUGACACUGGUAUGCACGGUUUCGUCCUCCCUCCCGACCAGAUCAUCCCAAGUGGCGAAGAGACCUGGGCCGGUGUCAAGGCCAUGUUUAGCAAGUUGAAAUAA